CCGCGUCAAUGACAUUGUGACAUUUUUCUUCUACCCGAGCAUUUUCGCCGUCUUUCCGAAAUCGUCCAUCUCCAACCCACACUCGUCACAUCACCACCACAACCACCAUAACCACCACCAUCCACGACUCCCAAAAACCUCACCUCACCCACCCAAGAUUCAAAACAACGACACUAACUCAAGUCGACAAACACCCGAAAAUGUCUCGCCUCCUCCGCCUCCGCCCUCUCCUCAACCUCCCAAGGACCUCAUCCCGCCUCUCCUCAACCUCAGCCUUCUCCCGCGGUCCCGCGCCCCCGCGCCUCCCAGCAGACCAACAAGCCGAAUUCGAGCGUCUCCAACGCCAGGCCUCAGUCUCAAGCGCCUUUCAACACCUCGUCGAAGAGCAACCCGAAUCUCCCGCCGACGCCUCCUCUGCCUCCGCACAAUCUACCUCUACCUCUACCUCUACCUCUGCCGAUGCCUCUUCUUCCUCCGCAGUCGUCACCGAGGCUACCACAACAGCAACCGCCACCGCAACUGAACCCGCGACAGCAACUCCCACUAUCGCGGCAACGGACGAAGACACAAUGCACCCAAACUACGUCCGCGGCGCCCCCGCAGAAUUCGAAGGCGACAUCAACCCGCGCACCGGCGAGGUCGGCGGGCCCAAGAGGGAGCCGCUUCGUUGGGGGUCUGGUGGGGAUUGGAGCUACAACGGUCGCGUGACGGACUUUUAGAUACCGUUUGAAGAGCAAAACUCCAUCUACUUGCUGGAGUGAGUACUCUUGACAGUCGGGCGCUGUCUGAGAGAGAGACUAUUGUACACCAUCGCCCGCUUCUCCAACAAUCGCGUCAAAAAUUGGUCGGGACACCUUUCAAUUGUCAAUAAGCUUCGAUAAGGGGCACCUCUCGCGGCUGUAUCAUCAGUGUAUAGUACCUAGUUGACAUAAUCAUAUCAAGAUACCAUAUCAAAAUCUCAAAUCACCUGA